AUGCUUUGGGAAAAUGGAAUUAAUGGCAUUUUAGCAGAUGAAAUGGGAUUGGGAAAGACAGUUCAGUGCAUUGCUACAAUUGCAUUGAUGAUUCAGAGAGGAGUACCUGGACCUUUUCUUGUCUGUGGCCCUCUGUCUACACUUCCUAACUGGAUGGCUGAGUUCAAAAGAUUUACACCAGAAAUUCCUACUAUGUUAUAUCACGGAACCCAGCAAGAACGUCGAAAAUUAGUAAGGAAUAUUCACAGACGGAAAGGGACGCUGCAGAUUCAUCCUGUGGUAAUUACGUCAUUUGAAAUAGCCAUGAGAGAAGAAAUGCAUUUACAGCAUUGCUAUUGGAAAUACUUAAUAGUAGAUGAAGGACACAGGAUUAAGAAUAUGAAGUGCCGUUUAAUCAGGGAAUUAAAACGAUUCAAUGCUGAUAACAAACUUCUUUUGACUGGUACUCCUCUACAAAACAAUUUAUCAGAACUUUGGUCAUUGCUAAAUUUUUUGUUGCCGGAUGUAUUUGAUGACUUGAAAAGCUUUGAGUCUUGGUUUGACAUCACUAGUCUUUCUGAAACUGCUGAAGAUAUUAUUGCUAAAGAAAGAGAACAGAACGUAUUGCAUAUGCUACACCAGGUUUUGACUGUUUUUUAAAUUUUGCUUAUUAGACUGAAAUCUGAUGUUGCUUUGAAGUUCCUCCGUAAACGUGAAGUAGUUGUUUAUGCACCACUUUCAAAGAAACAAGAGAUCUUUUAUACAGCCAUUGUGAAUCGUACAAUUGCAAGCAUGUUUGGAUCCAGUGAGAAAGAAACAGUUGAAGUAAGUCCUACUGGACGACCAAAACGACGAACUAGAAAAUCAAUAAAUUACAGUAAAAUAGAUGAUUUCCCUAAUGAAUUGGAAAAAUUGAUCAGUCAAAUACAGCCAGAGGUGGACCGAGAAAGAACUGUUGUGGAAGUGAAUAUCCCUGUAGAAUCUGAAGUUAAUCUGAAGCUGCAGAAUAUAAUGAUGUUACUUCGUAAAUGCUGUAAUCAUCCAUAUUUGAUUGAGUAUCCUAUAGACCCUGUUACACAAGAGUUUAAGGUCGAUGAAGAAUUGGUAACAAAUUCAGGAAAAUUCUUAAUUUUGGAUCGAAUGCUGCCAGAACUAAAGAAAAGAGGUCACAAGGUGCUGCUUUUUUCACAAAUGACAAGGAUGUUGGACAUUUUAAUGGAUUACUGCCAUCACAGAAAUUUCAACUUUAGCAGGCUUGAUGGAUCCAUGUCUUACUCAGAGAGAGAAGAAAAUAUGCACAACUUCAACACAGAUCCAGAUGUGUUUAUCUUUUUAGUGAGUACACGAGCUGGUGGCCUGGGUAUUAAUUUGACUGCAGCUGAUACAGUUAUCAUUUAUGAUAGUGAUUGGAAUCCCCAGUCUGAUCUUCAGGCCCAGGAUAGAUGUCAUAGAAUUGGUCAGACAAAGCCAGUUGUUGUAUAUCGCCUUGUCACAGCAAAUACUAUCGAUCAGAAAAUUGUGGAAAGAGCAGCUGCUAAAAGAAAACUGGAAAAGUUGAUCAUCCAUAAAAAUCAUUUCAAAGGUGGUCAGUCUGGAUUAAAUCAGUCUAAGAAUUUCUUAGAUCCUAAGGAAUUAAUGGAAUUGUUAAAAUCUAGAGAUUAUGAAAGGGAAGUAAAAGGAUCAAGAGAGAAGGUCAUUAGUGAUAAAGAUCUGGAAUUGUUGUUAGAUCGAAGUGAUCUCAUUGAU